AUGCUGACUGAUUUAGAUAUUGACGAGUUCUCCAGUUCUGAAAAAUGGAAAUGCCUUGCUGAGUUACUGUCUGUUUUUGGCAACGAAGCGCCACAUCAGUCGACAAUUUCCCGUUGGCAUGGAGAAUUUAAACGUGGACGGGUGAGUCUUAACGGCGAUCCCAGGGUGGGUGCACCAAAAACGGCAGUCACCCAGGAAAACUUGGAUGCUAUUGAGGCGUCCUCGAAGAUCUCAAAGACCUCAAUUCAAAAAAUGUUACAUGAAGAAUUAGGACUAAGAAAAUUAGUUUCUCGUUGGAUACUCCACCUGUUGACUGAUGAGCAGAAAGCAGCCAGGGUUAAUUGGUGUCAAAAAACGCUUGACCCCAACAAAAGUCAUAUCCGUUCUCGAAGUGUUUCGAAAAAGAUGGUCUCAAAAGCAGCAAUAACCAUUUGUUUGCCAAAAUUCAUCACCGAGCUUCGAAAAAACAACCCCGAAAGAAGAAUCAUCCUCCACCAAGACAAUGCAAGCUCGCACACAGCCCAAAACAACAGGCAGUAUUUAACGGAAGAAAACGUGGAAUUAUUGGAUCAUCCUCCAUAUAGUUCCUAUCUAAGUCCUAACGAUUUCUUUACUUUCCCGAAAAUUAAAAACAGACUGCGUGAUCAAAGGUUCCAGUCAGCAGAAGAAGCAGUUGACGCAUUCAAAAAUGCCGUUUUGGAUCUGCCGGCAAACGAGUGGAAUAAGUGGUUCGAAAAUUGUUUCGAGCACAUGCAGAUGUGUAAUAAUCUUCGUGGACAAUACUUCGAAAAACAAUAA